AACGCUUUUUCUUGCUCCGAAUCCCAGGAGCCGUGGAAAGUUUUGAAGGCGGAGGCAUGGCCCGGCAGCCUUAUCGUUCUCCCCAGGAGGGAAACCCAGAGAGAGGAUCAGGUGUUUUCAGGUUAACCGUCAAAAAUGUGAUGGCGCAUCUUGAUUCUGAGGUGAAAGAAGAAUGUCUGAGAGAAGACCUAAAGUUUUACUUCAUGAACCCCUGUGAAAAAUACCGAGCCAGACACCAGAUUCCAUGGAAACUGGGUUUGCAGAUUCUGAAAAUAGUCAUGGUCACCACACAGCUUGUUCGUUUUGGCUUAAGUAAUCAGCUGGUGGUUGCUUUCAAAGAAGAUAACACUGUUGCUUUUAAGCACUUGUUUUUGAAAGGAUAUUCUGGUAUAGAUGAGGAUGACUACAGUUGCAGUGUAUAUACCCAAGAGGACGCCUAUGAGAGCAUCUUUUUUGCUAUUAAUCAGUAUCACCAUCUUAAGAACAUUUCCCUGGGGACCCUUGGUUAUGGAGAAAAUGAAGACAACAGAAUUGGCUUAAAAAUCUGUAAGCAGCAUUACAAGAAAGGAACCAUGUUUCCUUCUAAUGAGACACUGAACAUUGACAGCGACAUUGAGAUAGAUUGUGUCCACUUAGACCUUCAGGCCCUUGCCAGGAACCCUCCGGACUGGAGGAACUCAUCAUUCCUCAGACUGGAAUUUUAUCGGCUCUUACAAGUUGAAAUCUCCUUUCACCUCAAAGGUAUUGACCUACAGACAAUUCAUUCCCGUGAGUUACCGGACUGUUACGUCUUUCGGAAUACGAUUACCUUUGACAAUAAAGCUCACAGUGGCAAAAUUAAAAUAUAUUUUGACAGUGAUGCCAACAUUGAGGAAUGUAAAGACUUGAACAUAUUUGGAUCUGUUCAGAAAAAUUCUCAGUAUGUCCUGGUGUUCGAUGCAUUUGUCAUUGUGAUUUGCUUGGCGUCUCUUAUUCUGUGCACAAGAUCCAUUGUUCUUGCUCUACGGUUACGAAAGAGAUUCCUAAAUUUCUUCCUGGAGAAGUACAAGCGACGUGCAUGUGACGCUGACCGGUGGGAGUUCAUCAAUGGAUGGUAUGUCCUGGUGAUCGUCAGUGACCUAAUGACAGUAACUGGAUCCAUAUUAAAAAUGGAAAUCAAAGCAAAGAAUCUCACAAAUUAUGAUCUAUGCAGCAUUUUGCUUGGGACGUCUACGCUCUUUGUUUGGGUUGGAGUCAUCAGAUACCUGGGUUAUUUCCAGGCAUAUAAUGUGCUCAUUUUAACAAUGCAAGCCUCACUGCCAAAGGUUCUUCGGUUUUGUGCUUGUGCUGGUAUGAUUUAUCUGGGCUACACAUUCUGUGGCUGGAUUGUCCUAGGACCAUAUCACGACAAGUUUGAAAAUCUGAACACAGUUGCUGAGUGCCUGUUUUCUCUGGUCAACGGUGAUGACAUGUUUGCAACCUUUGCCCAUAUCCAGCAGAAGAGUGUCUUGGUGUGGCUGUUCAGUCGUCUGUAUUUAUAUUCCUUCAUCAGCCUUUUUAUAUACAUGAUUCUCAGCCUUUUUAUUGCACUUAUUACAGAUUCUUAUGACACCAUUAAGAAAUACCAACAGAAUGGGUUUCCUGAAACCGAUCUGCAGGAAUUCCUGAAGGAAUGUAGUAGCAAAGAGGAGUAUCAGAAAGAGUCCCCGACCUUCCUGUCCUGCAUCUGCUGUCACAGGAGGAAAGGAAGCGAUGACCACUUGAUACUUAUUAACUGAAGUCCUUCUGUUAAAAACAAUCAAAUUUCGGGCCUCCUUAUCCAGUGGCAAAGCGGAGAGACCCCAGAGGGCUGGGACCAGCAGUUCCAAAAGGACUGUCUUCGUUAAUUGUGGAGUGGGGACGAGCACUGACUGCCAGCUGGCUGACCGCGACUGGAGUUCUGAAGUUACUUUUUAUAAACUUGGAUGAUGAAGGAUAGACCAUAGGCUACUCCUGGGCAUUAGUGCAAUUAAGCAGUGAUAAUGAAAUUCUCUAUUAGUCUGUUAAUUUAUGACAUGAUAAUGUUGGGAUGGAAAAAAAAUCACAUUUCAUAGUGUGGAAAACAAUGAUGUUUAAUCCCAUUUAUUUAAAGAUAUGUGUUUAUCAUCAAAUAAGGAUGUUUUAAAAGUGAUUCCUGGGUUUUGAGACAUUUGUUAAUUCAUGGUCUGCUCAGAAAUGAAGUUGGUUGCAGUACCAAAUUAGAGACCCCCGCUGGAGAUCUAUUAAACCAUUUAAAGAUCGUACAUAAGCCAAGAAAAAGACCUCUUGCAAUGGACAUUUCUUGGCCUAUUUUCCUGUGGGAUUUCGUCUUUAGCACUAUGGAGCAACUGUUGGCAUAGUCAGUGGGAUGAAUAGGAAAUGGAGUCAUUUGGAUACCUUGUCACUUGUGCUAAUCAUUGAUUGUGCACACAUGGCAUAUGGAAGUAAACUGUAGCAGUGGUCAUUCAUUUUAACAACUGAACUCCACAGUGGUGGGGAUUUACCUUACUAAAGCAAUGAAAUAUGCUAUAUUUUUUCCCCAAAUAAAUUUAUUUUUAUCAUA